AUGCAGGCCAGCGACGCGAUGCCCGUCACAUCGGGCUUCGGACAUCGUCACACACAGUCAUUUGCGCCAAAGUCUUCCCUAGCAGGCGACAUUGGCAGCUUUUCUCACUCCUCUUUUCACAACGCCCAACCAUCGAUUGGCGGAUACGCAGACAGGCAUCCUCAGCGCUCAAACGUACAACCCAUCAAUACUGGUCGACCUUCAAUCAGCCACUACAAUGCGCCCGACAUGCAGACCCCACAGACCGGCUACGACAUGAAUUUCACUCCGCUAUUGCCUUCACAACUGUUGAUGGGUAGCCCCUUCCAACCUGGCUCGCCUCCUACCUUCCAGUCCCCGCAAUUUCAGAGCUUCUCCAACUUCGCACCACAAACCAAUGGCCAUCGCCAGAACUCGCUCCAGCGGAUGAACACCACCUUCCACCAGCAGCAGUCAAUCAUGUCGCCCGGCGCAUAUGUUGGUAUGACAUCGCCGACUGCGCUUGGUGCCUCGUCGUACUUUGGUGGUGUGCAGUCUCCCACGACCGGCUUCAACGCUCUGGCGAACCCUGGUAUGGGUGGUAUGGGCGGCAUGGGUGGUAUGGCUGGCUAUGGCAACGCGAUGCAGCUUGCGCCUGGUCUUGUCUCCGGAACGAGCAGGACUGUCUACCUUGGUAACAUCCCUCCGGAGACGACAGCUGAGGAGAUCCUUGGCCAUGUCAGGAGCGGACAGAUUGAGUCCGUACGCUUGUUGCCCGACAAGAACUGCGCCUUCAUUUCCUUCUUGGACGGUUCCUCUGCGACGCACUUUCAUUCCGACGCGAUUUUGAAGAAGCUGUCUGUAAAGGGUCAAGAUAUCAAGGUUGGCUGGGGUAAGCCUUCGUCCGUGCCUACCUCUGUUGCGCUUGCGGUACAGCAGUCUGGUGCCUCGCGCAAUGUCUACCUUGGCAACCUGCCGGAAGAGGUGACAGAGGACGAGCUGCGCGAAGAUCUCAGCAACUUCGGGCCAAUCGACACAGUGAAAAUCGUCCGUGAGAAGGCGAUCGGCUUCGUCCACUUCUUGUCUAUUGGAAAUGCGAUCAAAGCGGUCACGCAGCUUCCUCAAGAAGCAAAGUGGCAGGCACCUCGCCGAGUGUACUAUGGCAAGGAUCGAUGCGCAUACGUGUCAAAGACCCAGCAGCAAAACGCUGCUCAAUAUCUCGGCAUUGCGCCUGGCGCUGACCGCGACUUGAUCACAAAUGCGCUUGCACAGCAAUCCGUUGCCGCCGCUGCAGUAGCAACUACUGCGGGAGGUGUGAGCAACCUAGGCAACAGGACUGUCUAUCUUGGCAACAUUCAUCCCGAGACCACUAUCGAGGAGAUUUGCAACGUUGUGCGUGGUGGCCUUCUCCACCACAUCCGGUACAUUCCCGACAAGCAUAUCUGCUUCGUGACAUUCAUCGACCCUACAUCAGCUGCUUCGUUUUAUGCGCUCAGCAACUUGCAGGGUCUUAUGAUACACAAUCGCCGCCUCAAGAUUGGUUGGGGCAAGCACUCCGGUGCACUGCCACCAGCCAUCGCACUUGCCGUCUCCGGUGGUGCGUCACGAAACGUGUACAUUGGCAACCUGGACGAGUCAUGGAGUGAAGAGCGCUUGAGACAGGAUUUCCAGGAGUACGGCGAGAUCGAGCUUGUGAACACGCUACGCGAAAAGAGUUGUGCUUUCGUCAACUUCACAAACAUUGCCAACGCCAUCAAGGCCAUCGAGGCAGUGAGACAGAAGGAGGAGUAUAAGCGCUUCAAGGUGAACUUUGGCAAGGACAGGUGUGGCAACCCACCAAGACAGGUCAUGAAUCAGCACCACAUGCAGCAGCAGGCCCAGCAGCAGGCUCAACAACACUCGCCUCAAGAGCAAAACGGCGUUGGCUCGCCCUCCCCAGUCAACGGACUUCAGCCCAAUCGUGCACAUAAUUCUAUCUCGCCUGCGAGUUCUGGUGCGAACACAAACAACGCAUACAAUCCUCUUCAUGGCCCCACGGCGUCCACGAUCUUCAACUCUGGCAACAACAACCCGCUGACCUUGUACCUCGCCGCAUCACAACAGAGUGCGCAAGCCGUAGCCGAGCAAGCACAGCAGCAACUCCAACAGAUGUCGCUAGACGAUGCGAGUCCACCGACUGCAUACGCGCAACCCUACUCCACUCAGCCGCAGCAGCCGUCAGCACAACAAGCGUUCUACAGCUCACCAAAUGAAGUGACCUCGACCAGAGCCACCACGAACGGCGGUCUCGAGGUCCCCAUGUCCCAACCCUUCGGCCACGGAAGCCACCAGAGUGUGAAUAUCACCCACGGCCUAGGCGGCAUGUCUGGUCUGAACUCCUUCUCCAACCAGCAAGCACAACGGAGUCAGCACAGCCGUGCCGUGAGUCUACCAGCUUUCAACCUGCAGCAAGCACAACAGGUACAACAGCAGCAAAACGGAGCACUCGUCGGCCUAGGAUCGAACUUGGGUAACGGGUACGGCGGCUAUGGACUAGGCGUCUCGGAGCAAGGUGGUCUGAACGGCUGGGCAGAGGAGGAAGUCGCAUAA